AUGGCGCAACUUGAAAAUAUUGAUGUAGUGGAUUAUGUUUCUUCAUUAUUGGAUUCUGAAAAAUACAAAGAAGCCCUUAGUGUAGCUGUAGAAGAGAAAUAUAUAAACAGUUUUAAGGAUAAUUGCUGGGAUCUGAUAUCCAUUAUAGUAAGCAAGAUUGACAAUAAUACAAUAACAAUCAAACCAUCUUUAUAUGGAACUUGUGAAGAACUAUUGUCUAUCAUUGUGCAAACAGCUACACCUGAAGAAGCUUUGCUUGAAUUUAUUGAACAAAUUGAAGUUGCUAAAAAUGAUUCUCAGUUUAGCAUUAUACUGCAACCUCUACAGCAGCUUUUAUUAAAGCUUCCCCAAAAGAGAGGCAGGUCAUUAGAAUGGUGCCUUAAUUCAAUAAGCACAUAUAUAGAAGCUAUACCAGUCAAAGAACAUCAACUAGAAGGAAAAGAACGGCUCUUAAUGGAUUGUGAUAAUAAUAUAAGAAGAGUAGUAAAAGUAUACACUCUAUUACCACCAUUCUAUAGUCCUUUUAUAAGAGAAGUAACUGUGCAGGACACUAAUUUGAAAACAAAGGAGAUUAUAUCAGCGUUUCUUAUAAGCUUACUUGGAAAACCAUUACUUUAUGUAGAUUUGGAUCCAGAAACCAAUAAAAAUAGUGAGGCGAGAUCCUGUGUUGAUAUAAUUGUAAAAGAUAUAUGUACAUUGGUUAAAAAUGUGUAUAUAUUUUUGCCAUAUGUAGAACUUCAUCAUAGGGAAAACAUGAAAACAAAACCUAAGAAUACCCUCAUGGACAAUGAAGAAGAAAUAUCUCCAUAUGAUCAUAGAGAAAAGAUAAACUUAACAACUUUGUCAGGAUUAUUUUAUGUAAUUCUUUCCAAACACUUUGAAAUACCAGACUCAGCAAUUCCACUUGUCUACUCCAACAAUUAUGUUUGUCAUACUGGUUUGCUUUGUGUGGAUCAUCUUUUAAACUAUACUGAAUAUGGUCCACUCACCAAAGGCAUAUCUUUACUCAAGAUAAUGUUAACUUAUUUACCCAAUGGUUUAUCUGAGUCACUCCUUUCUUUACCAGUGCAUUAUAACUUGUGUAAAAGUCUCAUAAAUAUAGCUAUAUAUUCAAGCUAUGAAAGUGUUCGGAAAGAAUCAGUCAAACUUAUUCGUGAGCAUAUAUAUAAAUUUGAUUAUAAAGGCAGAUCUUUGCUGAUAAAACACAUGUUGCAGUUUUCUAAUCACUCAGGAAUGAUGGGUUAUGCUAUAACACUUUAUAAAAAUUCUCUUGAUGAAGCUUUUAAUAAGCCUGAACUGCCUGAAUGUUUCACUGGGCCGCAAUUGAUGGGCAUGAUAGAAAAAAUGUGUCAUUUACCACAUGGGGCUGAAUCUGACCUUGUGGAAUUAGCUGAUCAAAUAAUCAGUUCACUAAACUUCUUGAGAUAUUUGGUAAUAAAAGAUUCUACCAAUAAGACAGGAAUUAAGGAACAGUUUUCAAAAAUAGAUAAAGAUUAUUUAGAUGUGCUAAGAACUGGUCUGAAUAUGUCUAAAGCUCAUUAUGAAGUAAAAUUAAAAGAUAUUAAAGAGGAAGUUAAUAAGAAACCAGAAAAUCAAGUGGAAAUUUCACUCAAUGUGGGAGGAAAUGUAUUAGACAAAAUACCAACAGAAAAUAAGGAGCAAAUAAUAUAUUCUGCUCUUAACGCUUUUCAUUUGAUAGAAGGUUUAGUGGCUAGGCUCUCUGAAUGUAUAGCCAUGAGUAAAUGA